AUGCCACCAUCAACACUUCUGCGUAUUUCACGCAGUGUAUUUUCUUUGCGCACAUCUUUCCGACCUCAAUCCGGCCUACGACCCCUCUCCACGACCCCUUAUCGCUUUGCGGCGGACCAAGAUCCUGACCGUAACACACACCCGCAGCGCGAGGCCCAAGUCGACCGCAACAAGCUGGAUCCGGAGGCAAGUGAAUACUCCAAGUCCGGCUCAGACGACACGGCUGCCGCCAACGAGGACGCGGCCUUUGACCCUAACAUCACGGAUCCUGAAGAGGCGAAGCAGAAGGCCGGUGAAGGGAACGAGGUGAACCCUCUGGAGGACAGUCCCGCAAAUCCAGAAAUCAGCCAAGGCACGGACGAAGCAAAGGGAGGAUCGAAGAAAAAGCCCUCCGAGGAUGGUGGCGGGAGAUAA